AUGGAGUGGUGGAUCCUGUGGCCCAAAAGUGACGAUAGGGGGCUGAAACUCAUGACGCUCCCCGCAUGCAUUCGAGACUGCAUCACUCCGGAGAACUCCUGGGUCGAUGUAAACGGCGUAAACACGUCAGUACAUACCGUCAAACGGCGGGUUUUCUGCGACCCAAGACUCGGUCUUGUCAAGAAGUACUUUGUCAGGCAAAUCGGAAGAUGUACCUUAGAGAGCUGCAGAUUUGAGCACUCAUUGUGGCGCCUGAGAGCGCACUACGACGUAUGGCUUAAGGGUCUCUGCGUGCCUCCCGGCAUCAGACGGCCAAAGAGCGUUUGGAGGUUGGAGACUGAGACCGUCCUCAAACCCAUGAUUGACCCUUCCUCCAACAACACAGACAACCCCACCGAUCAUGACGCCAACGAACAUAUCGACUGGGAUGUUUACGAUGAUUACGGUUGGGACGCCUACAAUUAUGUCGACUGGAGUGCCUACGGGGAUUUUGGUUGGGAUGUCGACGAGGAUCACGAUCUGGGUGACUACGACGAGUUCGAUCGGGAAGCCAAAACCACCAACGAGACCGCCUUUGGAACAGAGUGGAGGAACACAGUCUACGCCAGCAAACGUCGUCCGGGAAGGGUUGACGGAAUGAGUUGA